AUGGAGACGAAGGCGCGUUCGAUGCAGCUAGAACGUUUACGAGUUCGUAUGGGUUUUGAAGGUUUGUUCAGUGUUGAUAGGGUUGGCUUGGGUGGUGGCUUGGCUCUAUUAUGGCGUGAAUCUGGAAUGGCCACUCUUCUUAGUUAUUCUGAUAACUAUAUUGAUGUUAUUGUUACGAUGGAAGGUGAAUCACCAUGGCGUCUCACUUGCUUUUAUGGAUUCCCGGAGAGAGCUCGCAGGCAUCAGGCUUGGACAUUGCUUCGUGACCUCAAAUCCCACUCCAACCUUCCAUGGGUUGUUAUUGGUGAUUUUAACGACAUCGCUAGCCAUAGUGAAAAAAGAGGGCACAUUUCUCAUCCUGACAACCUCAUCCGGGGCUUUAAUGAUACUCUUCAGGAUUGUGCUUUAUUUGAUCUUGGAAUGCAAGGUCAUAAGUUCACUUGGGAGAGAGGUCGUGGCUCCGAACAUUGGGUGGAGGAGCAACUUGAUAGAGCGGUCGCAUCAUCUGAAUGGAGAGAGUUAUACGGUAACGCUAAGGUUCUUAAUAUUCUUGCAACUUCUUCAGAUCAUAGUGCCAUUUUUUUGGAUUUGAAGGGCAGACCAGUUCGUCGAGUGGGAAGAAGAUUCAAAUUUGAGUCAGCCUGGUUGUUAGAUGCUCAAUGUAGGGAUGUGGUUGAGGCUUCAUGGCGUCAAUCAUUCACUCUUGAUUUCCCUUGUCGUAUUCAUGCAUGCAGCCAAGACCUUCGGCGCUGGGGCAGUGAACAUUUUUGCAACUUUGGACGCAAGGUGCAUGCUUUGAGGUCACGACUAGAAUCUCUUAGAAACAGCCGGUCUGCCAAUGAUAUUCGUUCUUUCAAGGAAUUUGACCAGGAGCUCAGGCUGUUACUUGCUCAAGAAGAGUCUUUCUGGCCGAUUGUUGGAGCUGAUCUCACCAGUUUUGUUACUUCAUGUUUUGCUAACUGUGCCUUGCCCCCGGGCUUAAAUGAUACCAACGUGGUGUUAAUCCCGAAAAAGAAAGUUCCCGAGCGUACAUCGGAUUUGCGUCCAAUUGCCCUUUGUAACGUUGCAUACAAGGUGUUAGCAAAGGUCAUAGCAAACCGUUUGAAGGAGGUUCUUCAUCUUAUUAUCUCACAAUCCCAAAGUGCCUUUGUGCCUGACAGAUUAAUAACAGACAACAUUAUUGUAGCCGGGGAAAUUGGUCACUACCUGAAAAGGAAACGCGCAGGAAAUAUUGGAUGGGCAGCCCUAAAAGUUGAUAUGGCAAAAGCAUAUGACAGAAUGGAGUGGGGCUUUCUCGAGGGUACGUUACGUGCUUUGGGCUUUGCCAGGGAUUGGAUUGACCUUAUUAGAUUGUGUGUGACAUCGGUCAAGUAUGAGAUUUUGGUCAAUGGAGAAACAGUGGGAUCAGUGCUACCUUCCAGAGGCAUUCGACAAGGGGACCCGUUGUCACCUUAUAUAUUUAUCAUAUGUGCUGAGGGUCUGUCCUUGAUUCUACAGCAGCAGGAGGCUAGCGGGAAAAUUCACGGCAUAAGAGUGGUUCGGGGGGCACCCUCGGUAUCACAUCUUUUCUUCGCCGACGAUAGUCUGUUGUUUUUUCGAGCAACUGAUAGUGAGGUUCAUGAAAUCAAGAGUUGUUUGGAUCUCUAUAGCAGUGCCUCAGGCCAGUUGGUUAAUUAUGAUAAAUCAAGCAUCACUUUCAGUGCUAAUACUGAGCAGAAUAUGUGCAGACAUGUAGCAAGUGUUUUGGGUGUGCGUCAAUCUGUAGACUUUGGGCGUUAUCUGGGACUCCCAUCGUUUAUAGGUCGCAAUAAGACUGCAGUUUUUAGAUAUGUUGAGCAAAGAAUGAGGGACCGAAUAAACUCUUGGCAGAAACAGUUUUUAAACAAGGCUGGGAAGGAAGUGUUACUAAAGUCUGUUGGUCAAUCAAUGCCUAUUUUCACAAUGUCGGUCUUCCUCCUCCUUAUUGGUGUGUGUGACUCCAUUGAGAAAAUGAUGAAUAGGUUCUGGUGGAACAAGGGUAAAGGAGCUGCGAGAGGUUUGCAUUGGCUAAGUUGGUCCAGGUUGGCAACUCCGAAAUCUAGUGGCGGUAUUGGUUUCAAAAAGAUUCAUGAGUUCAAUAUUGCUUUACUUGCGAAACAAGGCUGGCGAUUACUGGUUAACCCUCAAUCUCUUGUUAGCAGGAUUCUAAAAGCUAAAUACUUUCCAAAUGUGAAUUUUCUUGAAGCAACUCUAGGCAACAAUCCUAGUUAUAUAUGGCGGAGCAUACUUUCUGGGCAGGAGGUGUUGCGUGAGGGGGUUGCUCGUCGUGUUGGUAAUGGGAAGGACACGCCAGUAUGGGGCUGCCCUUGGCUGUUGGAUAAUGUUGAUCCUUAUGUGACGACUGCCUGCAUUAACGAGCUGCGUGAUGCCCGUGUUCAUAAUCUUCUGGAUAGUAAUGGAUGCUGGGACUAUGAGCUACUUCAUGAUAUUUUUGAUGUUGAGGACAUUCCCAGAAUCGUGAAUACUCCGGUGUCACCUGCGCAUCCUGAUGCUUGGUACUGGAAAGGUGAUCUCAAAGGCCAGUAUACUAUCAAGCAUGGCUACAAAUUGUUGGUUCGCAAUACUCUUGAUCAGGACAGUGGGUUUGGCUUUCGGGAGUGGAGAAAAUUAUGGAGUAGUAAAAUCCCACCAAAGGUGGAGUGGAGAAAAUUAUGGAGUAGUAAAAUCCCACCAAAGGUGCGUAAUUUUUUAUGGCGUUGUGUUAAAAAUAUUUUACCUGUGCGAGAAGUGUUACGUACUAAGGGUGUUGUGGUCAGUGGGGGUUGUCCGUUAUGCCCGUCAAAUUUUGAGACUGUCAACCAUAUUUUUCCGUUAUGCCCGUCAAAUUUUGAGACUGUCAACCAUAUUUUUUGUGAGUGUCCUAUUGCUAGUCAGCUUUGGAGUGGGUUUGAUCUUUUUGAUGGGGUACUGUUUGUAGAUUUUGUGUCGCGUGUGCUAAAUGCGGCAGACAUAACCAUGACUAUUUUUAUGGCCUCCAGAUUAUGGGCAAUAUGUACCACCCGUAAUGAGAUUAUAUGGAAUGCAUAUCAAUUGGAUUUUAUGGCCCUUAGAAGACUUGCUGAUGACUAUGCUAGUGAGUGGCAACAAGCUAUUUUGACUACUCCCUCACCUGUGACUAAUUUUGCAGAUCCUACACCAUUAUGGAAUCCGCCACCUUUUGGUUUUUUAAAGUGCAACAUUGAUGCUGCUCUACAUGCCGACUCUGUGGGCUUUGGGGCGGUGAUUCGGAACCAUGAAGGGAAUUUUGUUGCGGCUUACGGGGGUCAUCUCCAAUGUCCUCGGGAUCCAUAUGUUGCCGAGUCCAUGGCUGUGAAGGAAGCACUUACCUGGAUUAAGAGUCGUUAUUUAAAUAAUGUGAUUGUUGAGUCUGACUGUUUAAAUUUUUGCUCUAGUUUUAAUUCUGUUAGUCAGGACUUUUCCUAUGUUGGUCUUAUCGUAAAGCAAUGUCGGUUAAUUGCUAAUGACAUCGGGAACAUUGUUGUUCGCCAUGUCAAGAGGUCAGCGAAUCAUAUAGCUCAUGUGCUUGCACGAGCGACUGGUUCUUCUUCUGUCCUUGGUUUUUGGGAUGUUAUCCCUCCUGAUUGUAUUUCGAUUUAUUUUGAUGAUUUAAUAUAA